AUAAUCACAGAGUCCCUUUUUUAGAUUAAAUAGAGUCAUGAACUAAUAAAGAAUUGGGACUUAGAGCAAAUAGGAAUGAAGGCAUUGGUGCAGCUCGCUUUCAGAAGUAGGGUCAGACUUCUAUUUUUUUUCCUGCUAAGCUGAUAAAACAAAACAGGCAAAGGGACUUAUCUUAAAUUCCACAGAAUGGCUUAGAAGAGGAAACAAAGCAAUAGCAGGCUCAUUUUUGUAAUUCAAGUGUUGAAAAGUAGAUCAGCUCAGAACCCCCUGAGCACCAGAAUUACGCCGCUGCCAGUGGUAGUGCUGGAUAGGUGGAAGCGCGCUUGUUUCAGAGCGUUGCUUUAUCUGCAGCAUCCAAAGCCCUUCUCAAACACCUUCUGACACUGGGAUUACAGCUCCCAGGAGCUUCUGACCUAAGCAACUUACUGAUGCAUGAAGGUAACUCCCGGAAUGCCUUCCCUGCAGAUGUUUUGGCCUUGCUGUUUUGAAAAUAGUCCUUGCUUCCUUCCCAGACCCAGGAUUCUGUCAUAUUUAGGUAUAAUGACAUUGUGUCUUUCCAUGAGCAGUCAUUUGCAAAUAUAGGGUUAUUCCAACCCCAUGUGUAUUUUGGGAAGCAAUCUCUCUUCCUCGAUAAUUAAAACAGGAAGUUUCAAAAAAGAUUUGUUUAAACAUCUGUAAAAACAGUCAAUUUGGGGCAGACAUGAAUAUAUGUUUUAACUGCUCAAGGAAAUAUUCACCAAAUGAAAAAUGAAAUAGACUUAUAUAGAGAUCAAGAUAUUUCAAGGGUACGUGGAAAGCACAUCCUGAAGGUAUUAAUUUGUCAGUGUCUUAUUUCUGAGCAGCUUUAAAUUUUCCUUGUUAACAUUAUUAUAAUUAUUUGUUGCAGUUUUCCUAAAAGAAAAAACAUCUGAACAUUUCAUACUAUGUUCUUAUUAUUUAUUGUGGCUAAAAAAGCUUUAACGUACCAGUCUUGGCCCACCUAAUUUGGUUGGUUAUUUUACUGUUUCCUGCUUUCUCUGAGCAUUGCCUUACUCGUUCAUACAUUACAAAGGCACACUGGAGACUGAGCUGAGGAGAAUUACACCCAUUUUCUGACCUGCUUGCUAAUCCAUGUUUACAUCCCUGACGUAAGGAGCAAACCCAUUAUCAUGAGCUUCAGCUGUUUACAUCAGGUCUGAACUUUAUCGUUUUCUUUUUUGCUCUGCUGCUCAAUUGAACGAUGCCAGAUUGCUUCCUUCAGCUCUCACAGAACAUCCCUGCAGCUGCUGUUGGUGCAGCUCCCCAGAAGGGCCUCGCUGAUCGGGUAACACACGCUCCAGGUGCAUCCAAGCUAGAGGCCUUUGUUCCAUUCACUGCCUGUAUUGUCCUGCCUGUUUCCUUGGCUUUAUACGUAGGGAUUUACAACAACAGGUGCUUAAUAGUAGAGAACUAUAAUGUAACUGAUAAGACUGAUUGAUCUCUUUUCUAUCACAGCUUGUAUAUGCAGUUGAAAUUUGCCCGUAAAGAAGAUGGGGGAGGUAAAAGCUCCCAGUCACAAGCUAGACUCUUGCUGGCUACAUUUCUGUUACUAAAAAAGAGAGUCUAAUUCUUUGCACAUUUUCAGCACAGAGUAGAAGCAACAGUUGGGUAGAACCUCAUUAAGGCUGCCAACGAGAUUAUCCUUUUCCUAGGUGAGCUAAGUAGGUUAAGUGUCUUCAAAUACUCUAAACUGUCUCUCUCAUAUCCUGAAAGCUAUUAACACUUCGGAACAGUCUGCUUGACAGGCUUAGGUCUAAAUGGCUAAAUGCUACACUACAUUGCCUUACUUAAUCACAGCUAGUCCUCAGUCAUUAGUUUGGAUCUUAUUUAUCUCUGACUUUUUUUCUUGUGCUGCAACGGAAGCUCAGGCCCUUCACAUACAGAUGCAGCCAUCGCAAUGUGGAGCUAUAGGCAAGGAUCUCAGUUCCUGCAAACUCUAUAAGCAGUUAUUCAUCAGCUGAUCUUCACAGUCAUGAUUAUUCCAAAAAAUCAAAGAAGUCAUCCAAGACUCAGGUUUGCACUGGUACAAAUGGCAAAGAGUUUUCGAGCUGAGUAAAAAAAUACAUAUAAGGACUUCAGAUUCAUCAAUGACGCAUUCCAAGUCCUGAAAAAUAGCAUUUACUUGUUCAUUUAUUUCACUCCACUUCAUGUUAGAGAACAUAAUGACAAGCAAAAUUGUUUUAAUAAUCUGUUACCUAAAACAGCAAAGCGAAGGCUGCUUUGGCAAAUAAGUCGUACUCCAAACAGCUGAAUUGAAAUAAAACUUUAAAUAAGGAGUGGUCAGCCUGCACUGGAUUCUUUCAGGGGAAGUACCUUUGGACAGAAAAUGACAAAAGACAAUGGACUUUGCUGGCGCAUUUGGCUAGCUUGUUUGGGCUUAUUUCUGUUCUCAUAUUGCUAGGCAGCAAAGCCAUGGUAUGUUUUUCCUUUUUCCUUAACAUUGUUAUUGAAAUAAAGGGUUCAUAACACAGCUUUUUGAGGGAGCAGGGCAGUAAGUCUCCCUGCCUUCCCCAGGCAUAUUCACACACACUCUCCAGAUAAAAUGUACUUGUAGCAUUCACCCUUCAUUCCUACCUGGGAAAAUAGCAUUGCCUCAUUUUUUCACUCAUCUGAAAGGGUCCAUAGCUCAAGAUUUUUGGGAAGCCAGUGUAAGUCAUGGUGCUAGCACUGCUCAACUUAAUAGCUUCUGCUGCAAGCCCAUGGCAUAAGCACGUGGGUAUACACAAAUUACACCUAAGUAUAUGCAGUUUCAGAGGUGCUAAGAGUCCCAUAAAAUUACCUAACACAACUACUCAAUUUCACAAAGUUCUCAUUUUGUGGUAAGGAAGAGAAUCCACAUCAACAGUUGCAAACAAUGGCCCUGAUGGAGGAGCAGAAUCUUUCCCAACAGCAGCAGUGCCUGUGGCAGCGUGCACUCAGCAGCAAAGCUGAAGUCUUGAGGCAGUGCUUUUAGGUAGCGUUGCCAUUCUCUUCUCUCUCAUACCUUUGUGUUAACUGUGUUUACAUUAAUUUUCUGCUCUUUUCCUGUGUGCUAUCAAGCCUCUUUUAUGUUUCUAGCCACUCAUAAUUCCACAAAAUUUCAGUUUUAAGCUUGUACGCCCCCAAGACCCAAACAAAACAAGCUGUAGGUGGCUGGUUUUUCUUUGUCAUGUUUGUGGUGGUUUGUUAUUUAGUUUUGUUGGUUUUAUUUUAAACUGGAAAACGGUACUCUAAAAUGUGGCACCCCACCCACUGACUGCAUACAAAAGGAGGUUUUCAAUUGACAGGAGAGUUAACAUUCUUCCAAACCUCAAUGCAGAGCAUGUGUAAUUAUGCUAAAUCGUUGUUAGAAGCUAUUUUAAAAGGAAACGUCUGCCAUCUGAGAUUGCUCUAUAUGUAUAUAUUUCAGACAUGUCAGCUUUGUUAAAGUCUCUUACAAUGCAGCAUUAUAAAUAUCAGCAGAAUAAGCUGCCCUCACCCACUUUAAUGCACUGCAAGUGUGGCAGUGGACGUUUGUCCUCCCUAUCUUGCUGCAAUUUUGUAUGGAGCUUCAGCUGUCCUGCGUCUCAAUAUUUGAACUGCUUGUUUUUAAACCUACACACCUUUCUGAUGGUGCCCCUUUCCUGAGCGAUCAUGCUUCUUGGUGUUCUCACAUCAGCCCCUAAGUCCAGUAUUUAACACAAAAUUUGGGCUCCUGCAGCUCCUCCUCUUCCUUCAGCCUGCAGAAGGGCUGAUCAUUAAGGCACCCACCUAAUUCCAGUUCUCCCAGUUGUGAGGUAAUCAGCUCAUUAUGCCAAUGAUAGAAAACUGUAAUAUAUGUGCUAUGAUUAACAAUAUUUUUUUCUUUAUAUGAACAAAAGGGGUCAUUUAAUGCUCAAACUAUUUCUGGUCAGCGGAAGGUGCGCUCCUUUCCUCAGGAUCAGAGAUGAAAUCAUUACAGAUAAUUGACAACUUUGCUUUGCAUUUUAAGUCUGCUUAAUACAGUUAUUUUCCUUGGUGGCUGUCAGAAAGAGAAAAACAAACAAACAAACAAACAAACAAACCAGCUCAGUAUGAUAUUGUACAGAAUAACAUGAAUUAGAAUUGCCACAUAAUUAUAUUUUGUGCACGUCUCCCCUUGAUCCUCCCUUCUGAAUAAGACUUGGAAACAAGCAGUGAUUAUCUGUUCCUCACAAAUCCUUCCUAUGGAGCACAUGGACCAUAAACUAAUAAAGGUUUAGCUCUUCUUCUUUCUGAGAGAGGAAAUAACUUGUGCAGCAAUGAAACAUUCAUUAAAGAACUCCAAACAGGAGUAGAAAAUUAGAAGGUUAGGUUUAAGAACAUUUAUUUCCCACAACUAGGGAAGGGCUUAUGAUUCUAUAGGCUGGAACAAACAAGGGCUUCUUUGUGCUUCCCUUUCUUCUGAGGGUGCACAGAGUGACAGUAGGUGCAUUUGUAUCUCGUCCCUCCCGAAGGAAUACACUCCACACAGUCUCUUCUAGUCUAAAGGCCACCUUCAUCUUUGCUGUGUGCAGUUCUGCAGCUUUCCCCCAUCUCAGUAAGAAUACAACAGAACUGGAAGAAUAUUUGAGUAAGGGCAACAAGGACAAAUGCACAGGAACUGAAUUUCAGAACAGUGAAUUGUAAAGGUAGAAAAGCAGCUCUUUAUGAAGAGGACACUGCUUCUGGUGAUGGGAAAGCAAUGCAAACAAUAAAAGCAGGCAAAGAGAGUGCCAGGUCUCUUUGAAAUCAGUAUAAAUAACUGAUAAUAUAUAAUUUUUAUUAUAUAGUAAUAGAAUUAAUAUAAAUAAUAUACUACAUAUAAUAUAUAAUAGUAUAAUAAAUAACACUAUUUCUCUUUUGUAUUUACAUAGCAUAGUUCUUGAUACAUGCAAAACUAAUUUUCAGUGCAUUUCUUAUUGCAACAGAACAGACAUGCUGCCCUUCCUGCUUCAUCAUUUCGCCAUUUCAUGAAAAAACUUCUGGCAAAUCUAAAAGUGGUGUAAGAGUCUCUUUGCUUGGUAAGGUGGAACUGCUAGUUUGAAGCUGUCUGCUUUCACAUCAUGAAUUCAUAGAAACAUGUCUGUAAGUAGCAAGGAGCUUCUGCAUGUCUGCAGUACAGCUUUCUGCUCAAGGCACGUCCCGUUAGAGCAGGUUGCUUCAGCUGAGAUGUACACAUAUGUACCUCUAUAGAUGUAUUUAUUAGAUGUAAGUAGACAUAUAGGUUUUGUUUAUUAGAUUUUCCAUGUUGCAGCUUAUUACCGUUUGCCCGUUGUUCCAAGCUUCUCCUUCUCUACAACCCUCUCGCCGUCAUCAUCUUUAAAGCUAACCAAACCCACCUCCAUCAGCUUCUCUCUCCCUGAGCCCUCCGGUGGCCUUCACUGGUCUCAUUUUAGUAGACAAGCAUGUGUCUUCUAUGUGUCCAAAACUAUGGACAGUGUUCCAGAUGUAAGUCUCAUGGGUGACAAGUAGGUGGGAAACAUGAUUUUCUUCCAACCCUACCGGCUGUACUCAGCCCAGUGUGCAGCUGGACACAUUUGCUUGCAAGGCCACACAGCUGACUCGUCCACUGUGACCCCUGGCUAAUCUACCAAGCUGCUCCCUAGACAGCUCCCAGCCUGUCCUCCCACACAGGGUUGUGUCAGCCCCUGUACAGGGCUCUGUCUGAACUUCACGAGGUCCUGACAGCUCAUUUUUCCAGUCUGACCAGGGCCAUCUGCAGCAGCCCUGCCCUCCAGUGUAUCAGCCACUCCCCCCAAUUUGCUAUCGCCCACAAACUUGGUGAGAGUUCACUUGAUCCCAGCAUCCUGGUCAUUACAGCAGCCAAUGCAGGAACCCAAGUUGAUGUAACCUCUAUAAAAGAAAGCAAGUCAACCAUCCUUACAGUGUUAUGCUAGAGCUUUCAACUUCUGUUUUACAAAAACUAAUGGAAGAGUUGCAUUGCUUUAACUCUUCCUACUGAGGUAGAAAAGUCAAAAGCAGCCCUAGGAUCCACGGGAAGCAGGCCUGGGUCUCUUCUGUUACAGCAAAUGCUGUAACACAGAACUUGAUUUACAGCAUGUAGUAAAUCCUCUGGAACAGACAGAUGGGUGUCAAAACUCGAGAGCUAAGAAAGUCAGAAAUUAUUUAUAGAUUCCUUCACCACAAUCUGCUAAUUUGUGGCUUUGCUCAAAGACAGAUGAUAUUUCCAUAUUGUAAAAAAGGACAGUUUUGCAUAAAUAUGUGAAUGGUGCUCCAAGAACACACUUACAGUUUGUUCUUUGCCUGGGUGAUGGAAGGCACAGGAUGGACUUUGUGCUGGUAGCCAUCACAGUUGAGGAGAGAGCAGAAUCUGGAACAGAACCAAACCAAACAAAAAAAAAAAGCCUGAUGUAGAAAAGAAUGCUGUAGGAGUCAUUUAGCUCCUCUUCACACACUGUAACUGUAAGCCAGUUUCAAGAACAUUUAUGUAAUAACAGCCUUUCUAGCACACAGCUGUUAUGUGCAGCUCUGCACUGGCACAGCAUUGCUACGGAACGGGCACGACUCACUACAACAGCACUAUAGACAUGGUUCCCAAAAUUCUCUCCUGUACUCAGAAGCUUCCGAAGACAUUCCAGGUUGUACGAUACCAGGAUAGACUGGUGCAAUCUUAAAUUGAAACUGGAUUGUGUUCUCUAUGCCAGAAGUGGAUUUAUGAGAUGGUACCAAGAAGCAUCACAGUCUGGUUCAGUGGAACAUUUUCUGAUCCUUCACGUGAGUCUCUCUGUCCAAAUUAUGCCUUAUAACCCUUACAGCUUAUGGAACAACAUCCCCAACAACACGAGCUGAAGAAAACAUUGGUAAACAGGAAGCAUUGGUGUGAAAAAGAACAGAGGAGGGGUAGGUGAAAGAGAAGUCAGCCAAACUUCUAAGAAGUGAGAACAGAGGCUGCACAUUCCCAAACAAAUUCUGGAAGAGACUUUGUUCAGUGAAGAUGGUGGUAAAAAGGUUGACUGUGCACUACUGGGACAUCGGGUACCUGGAGGAACAUAGAAAGGGGUGCAGGCCAAACCUGUGUCCCUGCCAGUGUUUGAGAAAACCCAACUCAGAACCAUUUGCCACAUACGGCAAUCAUACGCAGUCCGUUGACUUGCUGCUGGGAAGGAACUCUUCGGAUUUAAUUAUUCUGAUACCUUCACAGUGAGGAACAUUUUUUCUUUACCAGAUUUCUUCCAGGAACUGGUGUUCUAGAACCUAACUUGGGAGUUAAGUUGGGGCACUGGACAUCAAAGUGUGCUUCCCCAGCUCUGUACCUCUCACGUGAGACCACAAGCAAAUCACCCCGCUUCCAUUUCCAUCUCUAACAAUGGGGAAAAUAAUUUCUUCCACUGUUCGUUCUUAGUUCAGUUUGCUUAGUUCAGUAAUCCAGCAGAUAGGAAAUAUGUCACACGGAGUAAUCAUAACAUGCUUAACAUAGUAGAAUCCUGAUUUUGUAGGACUUAUCUUAUAUACCUACACGCCCUGAUACUACAAUCAUCAUCAGCACCAGAGAUGGUCAUCAUAGCUAAGCGAUGAGUACGUCCGUAAGGACACACAGCUGGGUAACGCACACGUGAUACUUAGAGAAGAAUUAGCCAGCUUAGAUGAAAAAUCCUCGUCAGCUGCACUAACCCAGCAGCAGCACAUGGCACCCCGUCUCCUGAAGGGCAAACAUACCAGACUAUCCACGUUGCUCCCUUGGACACUGUUCUCACUGUCAUAUCCGAUGGCAUGCUGGAUGGGACACUGUUCAACUGGAAGUUUCACUAAACUGCUGUUGAGAGCUAUUAGAACACUGUAAUAGGUGUGACUUACUGACCGGAAGAGUCAGUAAACAAAUAAUGUACAAGUGACAAUACAAAAAUAGUGCAACAGCAAUUAGCAGUGUGACUCCAUGAGUAAUGAGGAAAUUGCUUUGACCCACUUGAUGGCGGUAGCGACAAAAUCUCAAAAAUAAAUCAAUUCUAUCCCAAAGUUACGGAUUUUCUGUUGUGACAUCAGCAACACCUUUUCCAGGUCACCGACAACAGCGAUGUUUGCCACAGGCCGUUCUCUCUCUGACACGCGAGCCCACGGGAAGCAGAGCAGGAGCUGCGCUGCACGGCGCCGGCAGCACCGCAGGUUUGGACGCACGGCAGCACGUGGCCACCGCGUCCCGUCCAUCAGGAGCGGCCGCGCAGGCAGCUGCCAGCAGAGCACAGCGCAGCACCCCGGGCCACCACCCGCCAUCCCUCCGUGCAGCACAGCUCUCAGCCGGGCGCCGCGCUUCCUUCUGCUCUGCAAGGUUCGCUCCGCGACCGCGUCUGCUUCAGGCACGGUGCGCAGCUUUGCCUGGGCUGCCAUGGACGUGCUGGCGUUCUGCGUGCAGCUGCGCGAAGGCACACCGACAUCGGUGCCUCCCCACCGGCCUCCUCUGUGCCAACACAAACAUCCAGAGCGCGGACCGGCGGCAGCGCAACAAAACCAAACCCGAUCAGUCUGUGCAUGCUUCCUGUCCUCUGGAAUCAGACCAUGUAUGAUUUCUACUUCUGAUGGAAAAGGAACGAUAUCUAAAACAGAAGUGAGAUUAUUUUAAGGCAAAAGAAUAAUUCUUCAGUAUGCAUAUGCAAAAAUAUUCUAUUUCUUUGGUGAAAAUACUGUUCACUACAAAACCAAACAAAUAAACAACCUUCAGGCUGCUUUCCAAUUGUAAGAUGACUGAGAACGAGUUCUCGUUUAUCCCAUUGAAAGAAAGAAACCACUGUCUUUCUUUCUAACUUUGAGUUUAUCCCCAGUGGUGUUCCCAUCCCAAAGGGUGCCAGUGCCGCAGGAGAGAAAGCCAACACCAAAACGAAGGCCCAGCAUAGCGAGGGCUGGGACUGCGGGGAGCAUCGGCAUGGAACGCAGCAGUUUCCACACAGUUAUCAAAGGCGUGAUGAAAAAAUCACAGCACAACAGUGAAGGGAAGUUGUAUAGAAGUGGCACUGUGCACUGAGAGGGGCAAUGAACGGUGGGAAGGUGGCAUCCUGCUGUUUCAAUAUAACUGCAGAGUUAGAAGGGGAAAAAGGGAAAAAAGACCAAAAGAUGACAUGACUGGGAAAAAAAAAAAAAAAAACAAAAAACGCCCCACGGCAGAGCAUCCCUCCAGGAUAAGGCUGCUUGGCUGGGAGGCUCCACGCUCCUCUCCCCGCAGCCCCGCUCCGCCAGCGCUGAUCAACCGCCCCGGCGCCGCAGCUCCGGAGCGGAGCGAUCGGGCGCGUUACCGCCGGCGGAGCUCCCGGGCCGCAGCCGCAGCCCCUCCCUUCUGGCGGGACGGACAGAGCGCGGUCCGCGGCCCCGGCUGCGGGGACCCGACCGGGGCAGGAGCAGCAGCCCUUUAUAGCCGGCUCACACCUACACGCCGCUGCCAGAGCGCUGCAGCGCUGCCCGGAGCCGCGUCCCCGCCCGCCGCGCCGCACAUGGAGCCCCGCCGCCCGGCCCCGCUGCCGUUGGUGCUGCUGCUGCUGCUCGCCGCCGUUUAUGGAGGCACUUUGGGGGAAGCCCACGUUAGGAACCGAAGAGGAAUUCUUGAAUUAGCUGGAGCCAUCAGAUGCACUACAGGGCGGUCUCCUUUUGCCUACCUACGCUAUGGGUGCUACUGCGGCCUGGGAGGAAGGGGAUGGCCCAAGGACAGAGUGGACUGGUGCUGCUUUAACCACGACUGCUGCUACGGUAAGGCAGAGCAAGCAGGCUGUCACCCCAAGAUAGAAAGUUACCACUGGGAAUGCGAGGACAACACUGCUGUGUGUGAAUCACUAGAAGACAAGUGUCAAAAAAUGGCAUGUGAAUGUGAUCGUGAAGCUGCCAAAUGCUUUUCUAAAGCUCCCUACCAUACCAAGUACCUCCUGUGGCCAGAUAUGAUGUGUGGUGAGGUUCAACCUUUGUGUAGAUAUUAAAUACACAACAUCAGCCCCUAUGAAAACUCUGUACUUA